AUGCCAGCUGACCUUUGCCAGCCGCAGAGCCACUGCUUCCCCCUAGGGCAGGCCCUGCCCCUCUCGGGAAGCUCAGCAAGGCGUGUCCUCAACGCCCUCCCAGGAGCCUGGCUGGCUCGACUGGGCUGGGUUCAGUCACUGGGACUUCUUCGGGGUGAGGUGCACUUCCCCGAGCGGGUGGGCAGGAGCAUGGGCAGGGAAAGCCCUGCACACCUGGGGCGCCAUCGGCGAGGGCAGAUGCUGGCUCUGACCGUGACCCUCCUCCUCACCUGUGGGCCAGGCCCUGAUGAGUCUGUGGCAAGCACCACCAGGGAGCUGAGUCAAGGAGAAUAUGGAGGUACCACUUCGCCAACCAGUAACCCCUCAUCUCUUACGACUAUGAUCAAUGUGGGUAUGUCCACAAGAAGCCCAGAAAUGGCUACAGCCUUCAAAAUCAUAAGCUCCAAGGAGCCCAGCACCAGCCCAGAAAUGAAGUACACUCUGGGAAAUUCUUGGAAUACUUCAACAGCAACUGUCCCUAUGAAGACCACAGUGGAACCAGUCACACUUCAGUCCACAGCCAUAGAGAGUAGCGGCAUCAGCCUCUCUCACCUGCCCACAGGAUUCAUGACACCAGCCAAGUCACCAACAAAAGGGACAGCAACUACAGAAUGGGUCUCACUCUCCCAAUCUGAGGUUGGGACCAACCCCCAUCUUGGGACUCCAGAAGGGACCAAAAAGUCAUUGGGCACAGUGUCCUCUGUCUCCCGAGAGUCAAAUCCUAAAGGCAACAUAGGGACUGGUCCACAAACAAGCCCAAAUCUGAUUCCAAGGACAACUGGAAUGAAUUUAUCCAUGUGGCUUGGCUCCACUGGAGGGACCACCGUGGACACACAUGUCUCUCUGAACACAUCUUCCACUGGUCCUGAAGACUCUGUGGCCAUCCCGGACUCUGUGACAACCCAGAUGGUAACCACGAGCUCAGUGACAGAUAAAUCUGAAUUUAUAACCAAGACAAGGGUCAACAUCACAGUCAUUCCUUUACAGUCCAGUAUUUACAUGGAUACCAACUCAACCGCAGAGAUAAGCAGUGUCCAUUCCCUAAGUUCUUUUGCUAUUACUAGGGUGUCCGGGACAGAAGUCACUACCUCUGACAGAAUUUCCAGCCCAGAUCUAGCUCAGUCCACAAGGUCAUCAGACAUCACCAGGCCCUCUACCUUCCCUGACAUAACAGACUCUGAAAGAAUAACCAUCACCAUGCAAACAGGUCCUUCUGGGACUACAUUGCUGGGUGCACCUACCAUGGACACAUUAGCCACAGCCUCCUUGUCAGGGACCUACUUGGCUGUGACUCAGGGAUUUCCACAGUCAAAGAUAACCACUCAAACGAGCAAAGGUCCUGAAGGUGUGUCAUGGACAAACCCUCCCUCUCUGGGAGAAACCACCUCUUCCUAUUCCCUAGCACCUAUCCCCGACACAACCUCAUCUUCUCAUGUUUUGCUGACAUCACAAGGGCAAAGUACCUCCUCUACUCUAUCUGUGACUUCAGGUCUCUUGCCUGAGAACUUCGGCUUGGGGAAGACCAGAGACAUGUUGAGGACGAGUUUGGAAACUGAUACCAGUUUACCCCCAAAUUUGAGGAGUAGCUCAGAUGAGAUGUUUGUCACCACAGAUAUAGAAGCAAUUCAUCCUUCCACAAACACAGCAAUGACACAUGUAGAGACUACCAGUUGUGAACAUGAAUCACAUUCUCCUGUCCUGGCCCCCACACAGCCACCCAAAGCUAAAUCUUCAGUGGUUACCUCCUCCACCAUGUGGGACACUACUGCCCCCACAUCAAUGUCUGGCUCAUCUGAGACUAUAAAGAUUGAGAGAGAGUCAGUAUCCUCUCUGAAUACUGGACUUAGGGAGACAAGUACCUACCAGGAGACCAGCUCUGCUACAGAGACAAGCACUGUCAUUUCCAAUGUGUCCACAAAUGAUGCUACUACUGAGGUCACCAGGACACAAGUUACCUCCUCCAGCAGGAAAUCUAUCCCAAGCCUUGCUCACUUCAAAACUUCUCCAAACACACUUACAGAAAGCAGAACCAGCCCCUCUAUAUCCAUGUUCAUGACAGAAUCUUCGGGAAUGACCAUCACUACCCAAACAGGUCCCCCAGGGGUUACAUCACAGGACACACUUACCUUGGACAUAUUGACCAAGGUCUCUGGGGCAGGGACUCAUUCGACUGUGACUCAGAGUUCUACACACUCAGAGAUGACCACUCUCAGCAGCAGAGGUCCCAAGGAUGUGUCUUGGCCAAGCCCUGCCUCUGUGAAAGAAACUGGCUCUCCAACCUCCCCAGUAAUUGUACCUGCCAGGACAACACCGUCCCCUGAGCCAUCCACAUUACCAGGGAGGAGCCCCUCCUCUCCUACACCUGUGACCUCACUGCUCACUCGUGGUCUGGGGAAGACCAAAGACACAUUGGGUACAAGUGUGGAACCUGUGUCCAGUUCACCUUCAAGUGAGAUGAGCACCACCAUUGAGAUACUGUCCACCUCUGAAGCCUCCACAGGUACAGAUGCACUUCAGCCCUCCAAAAACACAGCUGGGACCCACCGGGCCAACACAAUUUCUGGACAUGAAGCACAUUCCUCUGCCCCAGCUGAAUCACAGCCAUCGAAUGUCACGUCCCCAAUGGUUACUCCUUCCCCCUCUAGGGACACCAGUGUUUCUACAUCAAUGCCUCACUCUUUAGAAACUACAAUGUUUGAGAUACACUCCACAUCCUCUCUGACUCCUCCACUGAGGAAGCCCAGCACCGUCCAGCAGAACAGCACAGCCACAGAGAAAAUCGCCGUCCCUUCCAAAGUACCCACUGAUACGACUAUUGAGAACUCUAGGACCGAAUCAAUCUCCCCUAGCAGCACGUCCAUCCCUGGCCCUGUUCAGUACACGCUGUCGCCAGACAUUCCUGCAGGCAUCAUCACCGGGCCCUCUGCCUCUCCUGUGCCAACAGAAUCUGCAGAAGUCACCAUGACCACCCAAACAGGUCCCAUUGAGCCGACAUCACAGGACCCACUUACCUUGGACACUACAUCCAACACCUCAGGGGCAGAGAUCCACUCGACUGUGACUCAGAGUUUUAUGCACCCAGAGAUGUCCACUCUCAGCAGCAGAGGUCCCGAGGAUGUGUCUUGGCCAAGCCCUGCCUCUGUGAUAGAGACUGGCUCUCCAUCUUCCCCAGUGAUUGUACCUGCCAUGACAACACCCUCCCCUGAGCCACGCAAAUUACUAAGGAGAAGCCCCUCCUCUCCUACUCCUGUGACCUCACUUCUCACCCGUGGUCUGCAGAAAACCAGAGACACAUUGGGUACAAGUGUGGAACUUGUGCCCAGUUCACCUUCAACUGAGAUGAGCACCACCAUUGAGAUACUGUCCACCUCUGAAGCCUCCACAGGUACAGAUGCAAUUCAGCCCUCCAAAAACACAGGUGGGAUCAAUGGGGCCAACGAAAGCUCUGGACAUGAAACACAUUCGUCUGCCCCAGCUGACUCGGAGCCAUCCAAUGUCACGUUUCCAAAGCUUAUUCCUUCCAACUCUAGGGACACCCAUGUUAGCACAUCAGUGCCUAACUCUUUAGAAACUACAGUGUUUGAGCUAGACUCCAUAUCCUCUCUGACUCCUGAACUGAGGAACACAAGCACCGUCCAGCAGAACAGCUCAGCCACAGAGAAAAUCGGCGUCCUUUCCAAAGUACCCACUGAUAUGACUACUGAGAUCUCUAGGACCGAACCCAACUCCUCUAGCAGCACGUCCAUCGCUGGCCCUGUUCAGUCCACGAUGUCACCAGACAUCCCUGAAGGCCUGAUCACCAGGCCCUCUGCCUCUCCUGUGACGACAGAAUCUGCAGAAGUGACCAUGACCACCCAAACAGGUCCCAUUGAGGCUACUUCACACGACCCACUUACCUUGGGCGCUACAACUAAUACCACAGGGGCGGAGAUUCACUCGACUGUGAAUCAGAGUUUUAUGCAACCAGAGAUGACCACUCUCAGCAGCAGAGGUCCCGAGGAUGCGUCUUGGCCAAGCCCUGCCUCUGUGAAAGAAACUGGCUCUCCAUCCUCCCCAGUGACUGCACCUGCCAUGACAACACCCUCUCCUGAGCCAACCACAUUACCAGGGAGGAGCCCCUCCUCUCCUAUCCCUGAGACCUCACUUCUCACUCGUGGUCUGGGGAAGACCAAAGACACAUUGGGUACAAGUGUGGAACCUGUGUCCAGUUCACCUUCAAGUGAGAUCAGCACGACCAAGGAGAUACUGUCCACAUCUGAAGCCUCCACAGGUACAGAUGCAAUUCAGCCCUCCAAAAACAAAGCUGGGACCCACGGGGCCAAUAUAAAUUCUGGGCAUGAAGCACAUUCCUCUGCCCCAGCUGAUUCAGAGCCAUCCAAUGUCACGUCUCCAAUGUUUACUCCUUCCACCCGUACGGAGACCAGUGUUUCCACAUCAAUGCCUCACUCUUUAGAAACUACAAUGUUUGAGCUAGACUCCACAUCCUCUCUGACUCCUGAACUGAGGAACACCAGCACUGUCCAGCAGAACAGCUCAGCCACAGAGAUAAUCGCCGUACUUUCCAAAGUACCCACUGAUAUGACUACUGAGAUCUCUAGGACCGAACCCAACUCCUCUAGCAGCACGUCCAUCGCUGGCCCUGUUCAGUCCACGAUGUCGCCAGACAUCCCUGAAGGCCUGAUCACCAGGCCCUCUGCCUCUCCUGUGACGACAGAAUCUGCAGAAGUGACCAUGACCACCCAAAGAGGUCCCAUUGAGGCUACUUCACACGACCCACUUACCUUGGGCGCUACAACUAAUACCACAGGGGCGGAGAUCCACUCGACUGUGACUCAGAGUUUUAUGCAACCAGAGAUGACCACUCUCAGCAGCAGAGGUCCCGAGGAUGUGUCUUGGCCAAGCCCUGACUCUGUGAUAGAGACUGGCUCUCCAUCUUCCCCAGUGACUGUACCUACCAGGACAACACCCUCCCCUGAGCCAUCCACAUUACCAGGGAGAAGCCCCUCCUCUCCUACUCCUGUGACCUCACUUCUCAACCGUGGUCUGCGGAAAACCAGAGACACAUUGGGUACAAGUGUGGAACCUGUGUCCAGUUCACCUUCAAGUGAGAUGAGCACCACCAUUGAGAUACUGUCCACCUCUGAAGCCUCCACAGGUACAGAUGCAAUUCAGCCCUCCAAAAACACAGCUGGGACCCACCGGGCCAACACAAUUUCUGGACAUGAAGCACAUUCCUCUGCCCCAGCUGAAUCACAGCCAUCGAAUGUCACGUCCCCAAUGGUUACUCCUUCCCCCUCUAGGGACACCAGUGUUUCUACAUCAAUGCCUCACUCUUUAGAAACUACAAUGUUUGAGAUACACUCCACAUCCUCUCUGACUCCUCCACUGAGGAAGCCCAGCACCGUCCAGCAGAACAGCACAGCCACAGAGAAAAUCGCCGUCCCUUCCAAAGUACCCACUGAUACGACUAUUGAGAACUCUAGGACCGAAUCAAUCUCCCCUAGCAGCACGUCCAUCCCUGGCCCUGUUCAGUACACGUUGUCGCCAGACAUUCCUGCAGGCAUCAUCACCGGGCCCUCUGCCUCUCCUGUGCCAACAGAAUCUGCAGAAGUCACCAUGACCACCCAAACAGGUCCCAUUGAGCCGACAUCACAGGACCCACUUACCUUGGACACUACAUCCAACACCUCAGGGGCAGAGAUCCACUCGACUGUGACUCAGAGUUUUACGCACCCAGAGAUGUCCACUCUCAGCAGCAGAGGUCCCGAGGAUGUGUCUUGGCCAAGCCCUGCCUCUGUGAUAGAGACUGGCUCUCCAUCUUCCCCAGUGAUUGUACCUGCCAUGACAACACCCUCCCCUGAGCCACGCAAAUUACUAAGGAGAAGCCCCCCCUCUCCUACUCCUGUGACCUCACUUCUCACCCGUGGUCUGCGGAAAACCAGAGACACAUUGGGUACAAGUGUGGAACCUGUGCCCAGUUCACCUUCAACUGAGAUGAGCACCACCAUUGAGAUACUGUCCACCUCUGAAGCCUCCACAGGUACAGAUGCAAUUCAGCCCUCCAAAAACACAGGUGGGAUCAAUGGGGCCAACAAAAGCUCUGGACAUGAAACACAUUCGUCUGCCCCAGCUGACUCAGAGCCAUCCAAUGUCACGUUUCCAAUGCUUAUUCCUUCCAACUCUAGUGACACCCGUGUUAGCACAUCAGUGCCUAACUCUUUAGAAACUACAGUGUUUGAGCUAGACUCCAUAUCCUCUCUGACUCCUGAACUGAGGAACACAAGCACCGUCCAGCAGAACAGCUCAGCCACAGAGAAAAUCGGCGUCCUUUCCAAAGUACCCACUGAUAUGACUACUGAGAUCUCUAGGACCGAACCCAACUCCUCUAGCAGCACGUCCAUCGCUGGCCCUGUUCAGUCCACGACGUCACCAGACAUCCCUGAAGGCCUGAUCACCAGGCCCUCUGCCUCUCCUGUGACGACAGAAUCUGCAGAAGUGACCAUGACCACCCAAACAGGUCCCAUUGAGGCUACUUCACACGACCCACUUACCUUGGGCGCUACAACUAAUACCACAGGGGCGGAGAUUCACUCGACUGUGACUCAGAGUUUUAUGCAACCAGAGAUGACCACUCUCAGCAGCAGAGGUCCCGAGGAUGCGUCUUGGCCAAGCCCUGCCUCUGUGAUAGAGACUGGCUCUCCAUCUUCCCCAGUGACUGUACCUACCAGGACAACACCCUCCCCUGAGCCAUCCACAUUACCAGGGAGAAGCCCCUCCUCUCCUACUCCUGUGACCUCACUUCUCAACCGUGGUCUGCGGAAAACCAGAGACACUUUGGGUACAAGUGUGGAACCUGUGUCCAGUUCACCUUCAAGUGAGAUGAGCACCACCAUUGAGAUACUGUCCACCUCUGAAGCCUCCACAGGUACAGAUGCAAUUCAGCCCUCCAAAAACACAGCUGGGACCCACCGGGCCAACACAAUUUCUGGACAUGAAGCACAUUCCUCUGCCCCAGCUGAAUCACAGCCAUCGAAUGUCACGUCCCCAAUGGUUACUCCUUCCCCCUCUAGGGACACCAGUGUUUCUACAUCAAUGCCUCACUCUUUAGAAACUACAAUGUUUGAGAUACACUCCACAUCCUCUCUGACUCCUCCACUGAGGAAGCCCAGCACCGUCCAGCAGAACAGCACAGCCACAGAGAAAAUCGCCGUCCCUUCCAAAGUACCCACUGAUACGACUAUUGAGAACUCUAGGACCGAAUCAAUCUCCCCUAGCAGCACGUCCAUCCCUGGCCCUGUUCAGUACACGUUGUCGCCAGACAUUCCUGCAGGCAUCAUCACCGGGCCCUCUGCCUCUCCUGUGCCAACAGAAUCUGCAGAAGUCACCAUGACCACCCAAACAGGUCCCAUUGAGCCGACAUCACAGGACCCACUUACCUUGGACACUACAUCCAACACCUCAGGGGCAGAGAUCCACUCGACUGUGACUCAGAGUUUUAUGCACCCAGAGAUGUCCACUCUCAGCAGCAGAGGUCCCGAGGAUGUGUCUUGGCCAAGCCCUGCCUCUGUGAUAGAGACUGGCUCUCCAUCUUCCCCAGUGAUUGUACCUGCCAUGACAACACCCUCCCCUGAGCCACGCAAAUUACUAAGGAGAAGCCCCUCCUCUCCUACUCCUGUGACCUCACUUCUCACCCGUGGUCUGCAGAAAACCAGAGACACAUUGGGUACAAGUGUGGAACUUGUGCCCAGUUCACCUUCAACUGAGAUGAGCACCACCAUUGAGAUACUGUCCACCUCUGAAGCCUCCACAGGUACAGAUGCAAUUCAGCCCUCCAAAAACACAGGUGGGAUCAAUGGGGCCAACGAAAGCUCUGGACAUGAAACACAUUCGUCUGCCCCAGCUGACUCGGAGCCAUCCAAUGUCACGUUUCCAAAGCUUAUUCCUUCCAACUCUAGGGACACCCAUGUUAGCACAUCAGUGCCUAACUCUUUAGAAACUACAGUGUUUGAGCUAGACUCCAUAUCCUCUCUGACUCCUGAACUGAGGAACACAAGCACCGUCCAGCAGAACAGCUCAGCCACAGAGAAAAUCGGCGUCCUUUCCAAAGUACCCACUGAUAUGACUACUGAGAUCUCUAGGACCGAACCCAACUCCUCUAGCAGCACGUCCAUCGCUGGCCCUGUUCAGUCCACGAUGUCACCAGACAUCCCUGAAGGCCUGAUCACCAGGCCCUCUGCCUCUCCUGUGACGACAGAAUCUGCAGAAGUGACCAUGACCACCCAAACAGGUCCCAUUGAGGCUACUUCACACGACCCACUUACCUUGGGCGCUACAACUAAUACCACAGGGGCGGAGAUUCACUCGACUGUGAAUCAGAGUUUUAUGCAACCAGAGAUGACCACUCUCAGCAGCAGAGGUCCCGAGGAUGCGUCUUGGCCAAGCCCUGCCUCUGUGAAAGAAACUGGCUCUCCAUCCUCCCCAGUGACUGCACCUGCCAUGACAACACCCUCUCCUGAGCCAACCACAUUACCAGGGAGGAGCCCCUCCUCUCCUAUCCCUGAGACCUCACUUCUCACUCGUGGUCUGGGGAAGACCAAAGACACAUUGGGUACAAGUGUGGAACCUGUGUCCAGUUCACCUUCAAGUGAGAUCAGCACGACCAAGGAGAUACUGUCCACAUCUGAAGCCUCCACAGGUACAGAUGCAAUUCAGCCCUCCAAAAACAAAGCUGGGACCCACGGGGCCAAUAUAAAUUCUGGGCAUGAAGCACAUUCCUCUGCCCCAGCUGAUUCAGAGCCAUCCAAUGUCACGUCUCCAAUGUUUACUCCUUCCACCCGUACGGAGACCAGUGUUUCCACAUCAAUGCCUCACUCUUUAGAAACUACAAUGUUUGAGCUAGACUCCACAUCCUCUCUGACUCCUGAACUGAGGAACACCAGCACUGUCCAGCAGAACAGCUCAGCCACAGAGAUAAUCGCCGUACUUUCCAAAGUACCCACUGAUAUGACUACUGAGAUCUCUAGGACCGAACCCAACUCCUCUAGCAGCACGUCCAUCGCUGGCCCUGUUCAGUCCACGAUGUCGCCAGACAUCCCUGAAGGCCUGAUCACCAGGCCCUCUGCCUCUCCUGUGACGACAGAAUCUGCAGAAGUGACCAUGACCACCCAAAGAGGUCCCAUUGAGGCUACUUCACACGACCCACUUACCUUGGGCGCUACAACUAAUACCACAGGGGCGGAGAUCCACUCGACUGUGACUCAGAGUUUUAUGCAACCAGAGAUGACCACUCUCAGCAGCAGAGGUCCCGAGGAUGUGUCUUGGCCAAGCCCUGCCUCUGUGAUAGAGACUGGCUCUCCAUCUUCCCCAGUGACUGUACCUACCAGGACAACACCCUCCCCUGAGCCAUCCACAUUACCAGGGAGAAGCCCCUCCUCUCCUACUCCUGUGACCUCACUUCUCAACCGUGGUCUGCGGAAAACCAGAGACACAUUGGGUACAAGUGUGGAACCUGUGUCCAGUUCACCUUCAAGUGAGAUGAGCACCACCAUUGAGAUACUGUCCACCUCUGAAGCCUCCACAGGUACAGAUGCAAUUCAGCCCUCCAAAAACACAGCUGGGACCCACCGGGCCAACACAAUUUCUGGACAUGAAGCACAUUCCUCUGCCCCAGCUGAAUCACAGCCAUCGAAUGUCACGUCCCCAAUGGUUACUCCUUCCCCCUCUAGGGACACCAGUGUUUCUACAUCAAUGCCUCACUCUUUAGAAACUACAAUGUUUGAGAUACACUCCACAUCCUCUCUGACUCCUCCACUGAGGAAGCCCAGCACCGUCCAGCAGAACAGCACAGCCACAGAGAAAAUCGCCGUCCCUUCCAAAGUACCCACUGAUACGACUAUUGAGAACUCUAGGACCGAAUCAAUCUCCCCUAGCAGCACGUCCAUCCCUGUCCCUGUUCAGUACACGUUGUCGCCAGACAUUCCUGCAGGCAUCAUCACCGGGCCCUCUGCCUCUCCUGUGCCAACAGAAUCUGCAGAAGUCACCAUGACCACCCAAACAGGUCCCAUUGAGCCGACAUCACAGGACCCACUUACCUUGGACACUACAUCCAACACCUCAGGGGCAGAGAUCCACUCGACUGUGACUCAGAGUUUUACGCACCCAGAGAUGUCCACUCUCAGCAGCAGAGGUCCCGAGGAUGUGUCUUGGCCAAGCCCUGCCUCUGUGAUAGAGACUGGCUCUCCAUCUUCCCCAGUGAUUGUACCUGCCAUGACAACACCCUCCCCUGAGCCACGCAAAUUACUAAGGAGAAGCCCCCCCUCUCCUACUCCUGUGACCUCACUUCUCACCCGUGGUCUGCGGAAAACCAGAGACACAUUGGGUACAAGUGUGGAACCUGUGCCCAGUUCACCUUCAACUGAGAUGAGCACCACCAUUGAGAUACUGUCCACCUCUGAAGCCUCCACAGGUACAGAUGCAAUUCAGCCCUCCAAAAACACAGGUGGGAUCAAUGGGGCCAACAAAAGCUCUGGACAUGAAACACAUUCGUCUGCCCCAGCUGACUCAGAGCCAUCCAAUGUCACGUUUCCAAUGCUUAUUCCUUCCAACUCUAGUGACACCCGUGUUAGCACAUCAGUGCCUAACUCUUUAGAAACUACAGUGUUUGAGCUAGACUCCAUAUCCUCUCUGACUCCUGAACUGAGGAACACAAGCACCGUCCAGCAGAACAGCUCAGCCACAGAGAAAAUCGGCGUCCUUUCCAAAGUACCCACUGAUAUGACUACUGAGAUCUCUAGGACCGAACCCAACUCCUCUAGCAGCACGUCCAUCGCUGGCCCUGUUCAGUCCACGAUGUCACCAGACAUCCCUGAAGGCCUGAUCACCAGGCCCUCUGCCUCUCCUGUGACGACAGAAUCUGCAGAAGUGACCAUGACCACCCAAACAGGUCCCAUUGAGGCUACUUCACACGACCCACUUACCUUGGGCGCUACAACUAAUACCACAGGGGCGGAGAUUCACUCGACUGUGACUCAGAGUUUUAUGCAACCAGAGAUGACCACUCUCAGCAGCAGAGGUCCCGAGGAUGCGUCUUGGCCAAGCCCUGCCUCUGUGAUAGAGACUGGCUCUCCAUCUUCCCCAGUGACUGUACCUACCAGGACAACACCCUCCCCUGAGCCAUCCACAUUACCAGGGAGAAGCCCCUCCUCUCCUACUCCUGUGACCUCACUUCUCAACCGUGGUCUGCGGAAAACCAGAGACACUUUGGGUACAAGUGUGGAACCUGUGUCCAGUUCACCUUCAAGUGAGAUGAGCACCACCAUUGAGAUACUGUCCACCUCUGAAGCCUCCACAGGUACAGAUGCAAUUCAGCCCUCCAAAAACACAGCUGGGACCCACCGGGCCAACACAAUUUCUGGACAUGAAGCACAUUCCUCUGCCCCAGCUGAAUCACAGCCAUCGAAUGUCACGUCCCCAAUGGUUACUCCUUCCCCCUCUAGGGACACCAGUGUUUCUACAUCAAUGCCUCACUCUUUAGAAACUACAAUGUUUGAGAUACACUCCACAUCCUCUCUGACUCCUCCACUGAGGAAGCCCAGCACCGUCCAGCAGAACAGCACAGCCACAGAGAAAAUCGCCGUCCCUUCCAAAGUACCCACUGAUACGACUAUUGAGAACUCUAGGACCGAAUCAAUCUCCCCUAGCAGCACGUCCAUCCCUGGCCCUGUUCAGUACACGUUGUCGCCAGACAUUCCUGCAGGCAUCAUCACCGGGCCCUCUGCCUCUCCUGUGCCAACAGAAUCUGCAGAAGUCACCAUGACCACCCAAACAGGUCCCAUUGAGCCGACAUCACAGGACCCACUUACCUUGGACACUACAUCCAACACCUCAGGGGCAGAGAUCCACUCGACUGUGACUCAGAGUUUUACGCACCCAGAGAUGUCCACUCUCAGCAGCAGAGGUCCCGAGGAUGUGUCUUGGCCAAGCCCUGCCUCUGUGAUAGAGACUGGCUCUCCAUCUUCCCCAGUGAUUGUACCUGCCAUGACAACACCCUCCCCUGAGCCACGCAAAUUACUAAGGAGAAGCCCCUCCUCUCCUACUCCUGUGACCUCACUUCUCACCCGUGGUCUGCAGAAAACCAGAGACACAUUGGGUACAAGUGUGGAACUUGUGCCCAGUUCACCUUCAACUGAGAUGAGCACCACCAUUGAGAUACUGUCCACCUCUGAAGCCUCCACAGGUACAGAUGCAAUUCAGCCCUCCAAAAACACAGGUGGGAUCAAUGGGGCCAACGAAAGCUCUGGACAUGAAACACAUUCGUCUGCCCCAGCUGACUCGGAGCCAUCCAAUGUCACGUUUCCAAAGCUUAUUCCUUCCAACUCUAGGGACACCCAUGUUAGCACAUCAGUGCCUAACUCUUUAGAAACUACAGUGUUUGAGCUAGACUCCAUAUCCUCUCUGACUCCUGAACUGAGGAACACAAGCACCGUCCAGCAGAACAGCUCAGCCACAGAGAAAAUCGGCGUCCUUUCCAAAGUACCCACUGAUAUGACUACUGAGAUCUCUAGGACCGAACCCAACUCCUCUAGCAGCACGUCCAUCGCUGGCCCUGUUCAGUCCACGAUGUCACCAGACAUCCCUGAAGGCCUGAUCACCAGGCCCUCUGCCUCUCCUGUGACGACAGAAUCUGCAGAAGUGACCAUGACCACCCAAACAGGUCCCAUUGAGGCUACUUCACACGACCCACUUACCUUGGGCGCUACAACUAAUACCACAGGGGCGGAGAUUCACUCGACUGUGAAUCAGAGUUUUAUGCAACCAGAGAUGACCACUCUCAGCAGCAGAGGUCCCGAGGAUGCGUCUUGGCCAAGCCCUGCCUCUGUGAAAGAAACUGGCUCUCCAUCCUCCCCAGUGACUGCACCUGCCAUGACAACACCCUCUCCUGAGCCAACCACAUUACCAGGGAGGAGCCCCUCCUCUCCUAUCCCUGAGACCUCACUUCUCACUCGUGGUCUGGGGAAGACCAAAGACACAUUGGGUACAAGUGUGGAACCUGUGUCCAGUUCACCUUCAAGUGAGAUCAGCACGACCAAGGAGAUACUGUCCACAUCUGAAGCCUCCACAGGUACAGAUGCAAUUCAGCCCUCCAAAAACAAAGCUGGGACCCACGGGGCCAAUAUAAAUUCUGGGCAUGAAGCACAUUCCUCUGCCCCAGCUGAUUCAGAGCCAUCCAAUGUCACGUCUCCAAUGUUUACUCCUUCCACCCGUACGGAGACCAGUGUUUCCACAUCAAUGCCUCACUCUUUAGAAACUACAAUGUUUGAGCUAGACUCCACAUCCUCUCUGACUCCUGAACUGAGGAACACCAGCACUGUCCAGCAGAACAGCUCAGCCACAGAGAUAAUCGCCGUACUUUCCAAAGUACCCACUGAUAUGACUACUGAGAUCUCUAGGACCGAACCCAACUCCUCUAGCAGCACGUCCAUCGCUGGCCCUGUUCAGUCCACGAUGUCGCCAGACAUCCCUGAAGGCCUGAUCACCAGGCCCUCUGCCUCUCCUGUGACGACAGAAUCUGCAGAAGUGACCAUGACCACCCAAAGAGGUCCCAUUGAGGCUACUUCACACGACCCACUUACCUUGGGCGCUACAACUAAUACCACAGGGGCGGAGAUCCACUCGACUGUGACUCAGAGUUUUAUGCAACCAGAGAUGACCACUCUCAGCAGCAGAGGUCCCGAGGAUGCGUCUUGGCCAAGCCCUGACUCUGUGAUAGAGACUGGCUCUCCAUCUUCCCCAGUGACUGUACCUACCAGGACAACACCCUCCCCUGAGCCAUCCACAUUACCAGGGAGAAGCCCCUCCUCUCCUACUCCUGUGACCUCACUUCUCAACCGUGGUCUGCGGAAAACCAGAGACACAUUGGGUACAAGUGUGGAACCUGUGUCCAGUUCACCUUCAAGUGAGAUGAGCACCACCAUUGAGAUACUGUCCACCUCUGAAGCCUCCACAGGUACAGAUGCAAUUCAGCCCUCCAAAAACACAGCUGGGACCCACCGGGCCAACACAAUUUCUGGACAUGAAGCACAUUCCUCUGCCCCAGCUGAAUCACAGCCAUCGAAUGUCACGUCCCCAAUGGUUACUCCUUCCCCCUCUAGGGACACCAGUGUUUCUACAUCAAUGCCUCACUCUUUAGAAACUACAAUGUUUGAGAUACACUCCACAUCCUCUCUGACUCCUCCACUGAGGAAGCCCAGCACCGUCCAGCAGAACAGCACAGCCACAGAGAAAAUCACCGUCCCUUCCAAAGUACCCACUGAUACAACGACUAUUGAGAACUCUAGGACCGAAUCAAUCUCCCCUAGCAGCACGUCCAUCCCUGGCCCUGUUCAGUACACGCUGUCGCCAGACAUUCCUGCAGGCAUCAUCACCGGGCCCUCUGCCUCUCCUGUGCCAACAGAAUCUGCAGAAGUCACCAUGACCACCCAAACAGGUCCCAUUGAGCCGACAUCACAGGACCCACUUACCUUGGACACUACAACCAACACCUCAGGGUCAGAGAUCCACUCGACUGUGACUCAGAGUUUUACGCACCCAGAGAUGUCCACUCUCAGCAGCAGAGGUCCCGAGGAUGUGUCUUGGCCAAGCCCUGCCUCUGUGAUAGAGACUGGCUCUCCAUCUUCCCCAGGGAUUGUACCUGCCAUGACAAAACCCUCCCCUGAGCCAUCCACAUUACCAGGGAGGAGUCCCUCCUCUCCUACCCCUGAGAACUCACUUCUCACUCGUGGUCUGGGGAAGACCAAAGACACAUUGGGUACAAGUAUGGAACCUGUGUCCAGUUCACCUUCAACUGAGAUGAGCAGCACCACUGAGAUACUGUCCACCUCUAAAGCCUCCACAGGUACAGAUGCAAUUCAGCCCUCCAGAAACACAGCUGGGAUCAAUGGGGCCAACGAAAGCUCUGGACAUGAAACACAUUCAUCUGCCCCAGCUGACUCGGAGCCAUCCAAUGUCACGUUUCCAAUGCUUAUUCUUUCCAACUCUAGGGACACCCGUGUUACCACAUCAGUGCCUCACUCUGUAGAAACUACAGUGUUUGAGCUAGACUCCAUAUCCUCUCUGACUCCUGAACUGAGGAACACAAGCACCGUCCAGCAGGACCGCUCAGCCACAGAGAAAAUCGGCGUCCUUUCCGAAGUACCCACUGAUACGACUACUGAGAUCUCUAGGACAGAACUGAUCUCCUCUAGCAGCACGUCCAUCCCUGGCCUUGUUCAGUCCACGAUGUCGCCAGACUUCCCUGCAGGAACCAUCACCUGGCCCUCUGCCUCUUCGGUGAUGACAAAAUCUGCAGAAGUGACCAUGACAACCCAAACUGGUCCCACUGAGGCUACAUCACACGACCCACUUACCUUGGGCACUACAACCAACACCUCAGGGGCGGAGAUUCACUCGACUGUGACUCAGAGUUUUACGCACCCAGAGAUGACCACUCUCAGCAGCAGAGGUGCCGAGGAUGUGUUUUGGCCAAGCCCUGCCUCUGUGAAAGAAACUGGCUCUCCAUCCUCCCCAGUGACUGCACCUGCCAUGACAACACCCUCUCCUGAGCCAACCACAUUACCAGGGAGGAGCCCCUCCUCUCCUAUCCCUGAGACCUCACUUCUCACUCGUGGUCUGGGGAAGACCAAAGACACACUGGGUACAAGUGUGGAACCUGUGUCCAGUUCACCUUCAAGUGAGAUCAGCACGACCAAGGAGAUACUGUCCACAUCUGAAGCCUCCACAGGUACAGAUGCAAUUCAGCCCUCCAAAAACAAAGCUGGGACCCACGGGGCCAAUAUAAAUUCUGGGCAUGAAGCACAUGCCUCUGCCCCAGCUGACUCAGAGCCAUCCAAUGUCACGUCUCCAAUGUUUACUCCUUCCACCCGUACGGAGACCAGUGUUUCCACAUCAAUGCCUCACUCUUUAGAAACUACAAUGUUUGAGCUAGACUCCACAUCCUCUCUGACUCCUGAACUGAGGAACACCAGCACUGUCCAGCAGAACAGCUCAGCCACAGAGAUAAUCGCCGUACUUUCCAAAGUACCCACUGAUAUGACUACUGAGAUCUCUAGGACCGAACCCAACUCCUCUAGCAGCACGUCCAUCGCUGGCCCUGUUCAGUCCACGAUGUCGCCAGACAUCCCUGAAGGCCUGAUCACCAGGCCCUCUGCCUCCCCUGUGACGACAGAAUCUGCAGAAGUGACCAUGACCACCCAAAGAGGUCCCAUUGAGGCUACUUCACACGACCCACUUACCUUGGGCGCUACAACUAAUACCACAGGGGCAGAGACUCACUCGACUGUGACUCAGAGUUUUAUGCAACCAGAGAUGACCACUCUCAGCAGCAGAGGUCCCGAGGAUGUGUCUCGGCCAAGCCCUGCCUCUGUGAAAGAAACUGGCUCUCCAACCUCCCCAGUAAUUGUACCUGCCAGGACAACACCGUCCCCUGAGCCAUCCACAUUACCAGGGAGGAGCCCCUCCUCUCCUACACCUGUGACCUCACUGCUCAUUCGUGGUCUGGGGAAGACCAAAGACACAUUGGGUACAAGUGUGGAACCUGUGCCCAGUUCACCUUCAGGUGAGAUGAGCCCCAGGAUUGAGAUACUGUCCACCUCUAAAGCCUCCACAGGUACAGAUGCAAUUCAGCCCUCCAGAAACACAGCUGGGAUCAAUGGGGCCAACAAAAGCUCUGGACAUGAAACACAUUCAUCUGCCCCAGCUGACUCGGAGCCAUCCAAUGUCACGUUUCCAAUGCUUAUUCCUUCCAACUCUAGGGACACCCGUGUUACCACAUCAGUGCCUCACUCUGUAGAAACUACAGUGUUUGAGCUAGACUCCAUAUCCUCUCUGACUCCUGAACUGAGGAACACAAGCACCGUCCAGCAGGACCGCUCAGCCACAGAGAAAAUCGGCGUCCUUUCCGAAGUACCCACUGAUACGACUACUGAGAUCUCUAGGACAGAACUGAUCUCCUCUAGCAGCACGUCCAUCCCUGGCCUUGUUCAGUCCACGAUGUCGCCAGACUUCCCUGCAGGAACUAUCACCUGGCCCUCUGCCUCUUCGGUGAUGACAGAAUCUGCAGAAGUCACCAUGACAACCCAUACUGGUCCCACUGAAGCUACAUCAGAGGACCCACUCACCUUGGGCACUACAACCAACACCUCAGGGGCAGAGAUUCACUCGACUGUGACUCAGAGUUUUACACACCCAGAGAUGACCACUCUCAGCAGCAGAGGUCCCGAGGAUGUGUCUUGGCCAAGCCCUGCCUCUGUGAUAGAAACUGGCUCUCCAUCUUCCACAGUGAUUGUACCUACCAUGAGAACACACUCUCCUGAGCCAUCCACAUUAUCAGGGAGGAGCCCCUCCUCUCCUACACCUGUGACCUCAGUUCUCACCCGUGGUCUGGGGAAGACCGAAGACAGAUUGGGUACAACCUUGGUAGCAGUGACCACGUUACCUCCAACUUUGAGUAGUCCCACAGUUGAGAUAAUUUCCACCUCUGAAUUCUCCAUAGAUACAGCGAAAAUUCUUCCUCCCCUAUACACAAUAAUGAGUACUGUGGGUUCCAGCAGUUCUGGACACGAACUAAGUUCCUCUGUCCCAAUUUUUCCUGAGUCCUCCAGCACCACAUAUCCUAUGGGUACUGCUUCCUCCGUGUAUGAGACCACUCCUUCCUCAUCAAUGCGUUCCUCCUUUGAGACGAAGACACUUUCCCAUCUGACUCCUAGACUGAAGGAGACAAGAAUAGCCUUGGAUUCCAGCUCAAGCACACUCACAAACACACCUUCAUCGCCUCUGUCCACUCAUGGUUUGAAGGGUCCCAGGACUGAUGCUGCGUCUUCUGUGAAAGUAUCAGCACCAGAUCAGCCUCUGUCUACACAGUAUACUGACAUUCCAGUGGAAACAGUCACACGCUUUUACACUUCUCUCUCCAUUACAAGGUCUGCUGGCAUAACUGUCCCAGAAUCCAAUCUUUCUAUGCCUGUAUCAGAAAAUACACGUUACCUAAGCACAGAUAUGCUGUCUUCAGCUGAGACCAUUUUUGCUAAUAACACACUAACACCUUAUUUGUCAGAGGCCAUGGCUUCCUUUGCUACAUCUGGAGUUCCAGGUGCCAUUUCAGUUAGUCCAUUUUCUAGGACAGAAUCAGGCCCUGGGGAUGCUACUAUGCCCACCACUGCAGAGAGUCUACCUUCUUCAGCUUCAAUACCAUUCCCCUCUUUGACCUUCCGUACCACUGAUUCUUCAACCAGCCCACUCCCCCAUUGGAUUACUUCCUCACCAGCUACCCCAAGAAUAGUAGACACCAACCUUGAGGCAGAGAGCCAAAGCACUGCUGCAUUACCCUUGGUUACAGCCAGUACUUUGCAGACUUGGACGCAGCCAGUCAGGACAUCUUUACCACCCAUUACGGAUACCAGAAUGACAGAGAGUGUUGGUUUGGGAACAGUGACAAGUUCUUCUCAAGUUCUUCCACACUCAACCCAGUUGACAAGGACUGACGGCAUUGUGGAGCAUAUCACAAAGAUACCCAAUGAAGCAGCACAUGGAGACACCACCGUCCAUGUCCCCCUGGCAUCCACGUCUGCUAGUCUUAGAGGUAUGCUGUCUCUCCUUAGGACAUCAGAUAAAACAGCCAGCAUAAGCACAACAGGAAUGAUCAUCACAACCCCAGAUGUUCCAAAGAUGACAGCCUCAUUUGUCACCAGACCUGGAGACAAGACCAGCACAGUAGUUCCCAUGACAACCCCAUCUAUUUUCAAUAGAGGACCACAGACUACACCCUCACUGGUCCCUAGUUCUGGGGCAGAGACCAGUGCAGCUGUUCCAACUCUGACUGUUUCCUUUGGUGAGCCAGAGACCACAACCUCAUGGGUCACCCAUCCUGCAGAGACUAAAGUCAGUUCAGCUGUUCCAACUCCGACUGUCUCCCCUGAUGUACUGGGGGUGGUGACCUCACUGGUUACUAGUUCUGGGACAGAGACUAGCUCAGUUGAUCAAACUCUGACUGUUUCCCCUGGUCAGCCAAAUGCAACAACCUCAUGGCUCCAUUCCACAGAGACCAGCACACCUGUUUCCAAAACAACUCUGAAUUUUUCCCCUAGUGAAUUAGACACCACAUCUUCAGCAGCCACCAUUCCUGCGGCAGAAGCCAUUUCAGCCACUCCAGUGAUGACUGGCUCACCUAGCAUACCAGCGAUGGUGACCUCACUGAUCAUUAGUUCUGGGACAGACACCAAUAUAAUCUUUUCAACUCUGACUGAGUCCCUGCAUGAAUCAGAGUCAACAGUCUCCUUGGUCACCCAACCUGCAGAAUCCAGCCCAACUCUUCCCAGAACAACCCCCGAUGUUUCCCAUAGCACACCCUCAAUGGCCACCAGCCUUGGGACAGAAGUCAGUUCAGCUGUUCCAACUACAUGUAUCUUCUCUGGUGUACCAGAUAUGGUGACCUCACAGGCCACUAGUUUUGAGAUAGAUGCUAGUACGGCUAUUCCAAGUCUGACACUUCCUCCUGUUGAGCCAGUGACCACAGCCUCACUGGUCACUCAACCUGGGGUGCAGACCAGUCCAGCUGCUCCAACUCCAACUGUCUCCUCUACUGUGCCAGGGCUGGUAACCUCACUGGUCACAAGUUCUGGGGCAGAGACCAGUACAACUUUUCCAAUUCCAACUGAUUCCCCACACAAACCAGAGACAACAGCCUCUCACAUCACCCACUCUGGAACAGAAACAAGUUCAGCUAUUCAAACUAUGACUGUUUCCCAUGGGAAGCCAGAUACAACAGUCUUACUGGUCACCCAUCCUGAAGAGACCAGCCAAAGUAUUCCCAGGACAAUCCCCAAUGUUUCACAUCAUUAAUCAGACACCACAUUCUCAAUGGCCACCAGUCCUAGGGCAAAAGCCAGUUCAGCUGUCCCAGCUACGAUUGUCACACCUGGUAUGCCAGGGAUGGUGACCUCACUGGUUACCAGUUCUGGGGCAGAGACCAGUACAACUUUUCCAACUCUGACUGAUUCCAUGCACAAACCAGAGACAACAGUCUCAUGGGUCACCCAUACAGAAACAAGUUCAGCUAUUCCAACUAUGACUGCUUACCCUGGGAAGCCAAAUACAACAGUUUCACUGGUCACCCAUCCUGUAGAGACUAGACUGACUGUUCCCAGGACAGCCCCCAAUGUUUCCCAUAGUGAAUCAGACACCACAUUCUCAGUGGCCACCAGUCUUGGGGCAGAAGUCAGUUCAGUUGUUCCAACUCCUACUGUCUCAGCCGGUGUACCAGAUAUCAGGACUUCACAGGUCACUAGCUCUGAGACAGACACCACUAUGGCUAUUGUACCUCUGACUCUUUCUCCUGGUGAACCACCAACCACAGUCUUAUUGGUCACCCAUUCCAGUGCAGAGAUAAGCACAAAGUUUCCUGCUUUAUAAACUAUUUUUCCUCAUUUACCAGAGAUCACAGCCGCACCAUCCAUCCCACCUGGGUUAGAGACUAGUACAGCUCUUCCAAAUCAGACUGUUUCUCUCAGUCCACCAGAAACAUCCUCUCUCUUCACCACAACUGUAACCAAGACAGCCAGAGUUAAUCUAACUCCAACAGCUUCAUUUGGUGUUCCUGCAGAAACAGCCUCACUCUCCACCCAUCCUGGGACAGACAUCAGCGCAACUACCUCAACUUUAGCUCUUUCCCGUGGUUUACCAGAGACCACAGGCUUACUGACCACCAGGCCUGCAACAGAGGCCAAUACAAGUACCCUAGCUCUGACUGUUUCCCCUGGUGUUCUUGGGCCUUCCAGGACCCCUGCAACAAAUGUUGGGUUUUAUCCUGUACCUUCCUGGAGCACAGAAACCUCACCACCUACAACCUCAGUUGGACUCCCAGAAUUUCCCAAGACCGUGACAGGUGACACCGUGACCUUGAUAGCAUCAGAGACCCCAACACCACCUAAAACCAGUCAUGGAGAAGGAUUAAGUACAACCACUGUCCUGAAAACCACCACUGCUGAGACCACUCAUUUAGCUGCCACAGGUUCAGGUCCCACUGUGGCCGAGACCACAAUCACCUUCAAUACACUGUCUGGAAGUCCUUUUGCCCCUGUGACCACACCUGGAACCUCUACCUUGGCCUCUGUGAGUGUGACUUCAAGAACAAGUAAGAAUAACUUUAUUGUGGAGCCCUAUAGUCCCCAACAUGUGGACCUGGUUUUGGUUGAUUAUGACAGCUAUGUACCCCAGAGUUCAUCUAUCCAGAGCGAGUACCAGCUAAAUUUCCACAUCAUCAACUGGAACCUCAGCAACCCAGACCCCAUGUCCUUAGAGUACACUGCCCUGCUGAAGGACAUCCAGGACAAGGUCACAAAACUGUACAGAGGCAGCCAGCUACAAGACAUAUUCCACUCCUGCCUGGUCACCAACCUGAUGCUGGAUCCCAUGUCGGUCAGCAUCAAGGUACUGUUCUCCUCCAAACUGGACUCCAGCGUGAUGAAGCAAGUGUUUCUAGACAAGACCCUUAAUGCCUCAUCCCACUGGCUGGGUGCCACCUACCAGUUGACAGAUGUGCAUGUGACAGAAGUGGAGCCAUCAAUUCAUAUACCAACAGACCAACCAACAAUCAGUCCCAGCUUCCAGAACUUCCAGCUGAAUUUCACUGUCACCAACUUAAUCUAUUCCCAGGACAUAGCCCCAGGCACCCCCAAACACCAGCGGAACAAGAGAAAUAUUAAGGAUGCGCUCAACCAGCUCUUCCGAAACAGCAGCAUCAAGUGUUAUUUUUCUGACUGUCAAGUUUCAGCAUUCAGGUCUGAGCCCCGCAGCAACCACACUGGGGUAGAUGCUCAGUGUAACUUCUCACCAUUGGCUCAGAGACUGGACAGAGUUGCCAUCUAUGAGGAAUUCCUGCGGCUGACCAAGAACGGUACCCAGCUGCAGAAUUUUAUCCUGGACAGGAAUAGUGUCCUUGUGGAUGACCUCCCCUUCUGGGCCAUCAUCCUCAUCUGCCUGGCAGGACUCCUGGUUCUCAUCACGUGCCUGAUGUGCUGUUUCCUGGUUAGCAAGAAAAUGCUGUUGUCUUCUUACUAUCAGGUUGUCACUGUCUCCAGGCAGAAGGAGGAGGAAGACUGUGAGGCUCAGCAACAACACCUGGGCUAUUAUUACCUGGGACCUGAGGAAGCUGCAGUGACAUCUGCUUGA